AAAAAUUCUUCUAUGCAAAUUCUUCUUGCAAUCAGCAGUAAAAGGUGAAGCUGCAAAAUUAAUAGGUGACUUAGAAAGUACUGAUUCAAAUUAUGAAAUUGCAUGGGAUAUGUUAAAAGACAGAGCAUUAAGGCAACUAAAAGAACCCGUAGAUGAGUGGGACAGAAUUUUAUUAUUUUUAUUAGAAAAGAAACUUGACAAAUAUACACGUAAGGAAUGGGAAACUAAAAUACAUAAAAUAAAAUCCCCGAGAAUUGAUUUAUUUGUUGACUUUUUAAAGGAAAGAUGCAGCAUAAAUAAAAAUAUAAAUAAUAAUACCAAUGUAAAACAGAAUAAAGUGUUAAGUCACGCUUCUUUACAGACUAAAGAUGCAGUCUCUAGGCUAAAUUCAGUAAGGAAAUUAAAGGGUUGCGUGAAUUGUCUUCGCAAGGGCCACUUUGCUAAUGUUUGUAGAGGAUACAAUUGUAGCAUAUGUAACAAGAAACAUAACGUAUUAUUACAUAUAAAUGAAGCUAGUAAUGCAACUAAAUUUUUUAAUACUAAAGGAAAUUUGUCUAAUACAACAAAUAACGAAAAUGAACUUGAAAUUAAAUAUACAAUCGUCAAAAGUGGUGAAACUGCAUCCGAAAUUAAUAGUUUGAGUUCUACAAAUAUCUUCGAUGUUAAUAAUAAACCAGUGCGGUGCAGAGCUCUUUUGGAUUCCGGAAGCCAAAGUUCAUUUUGUACGACCGAGUUAGCACAUGCAUUGAAUUUACCAUAUAAAUCUGUUUCAAUUCCAGUAGUAGGUAUAAAUGCAACAAAUUCUACGAAUGUUUCUAAAAUUUUUCAGGCAAAAAUAAAAUCAAUUCAUACUGUAUUUGAAGCAAAUUUACCAUUUUUAGUCGUAGAUCAAAUUACAGAGAAGGUGAUGGCCGAUUUGUUGUUAAAUUACCUUUCAAAAAAACCUAUUUUUGGCCAAACUAGAGAUAUAGCUCUAAAGCGACUGAAGUCUGUAGAAAAAAGGGUGCUGAAUAAUAGUUACUUAAAUACGGAAUAUUCUAAAUUCAUGGAAGAUUAUUCCAAGUUGGGGCAUAUGUCUUUGGUAAACGAAUCUUUAGGGUCAGAAGUUAAAUUCAUUUUACCACACCACUGUGUACUAAAAUCUAGUUCUUUGACUACUAAAGUAUGGGUAGUUUUUGAUGGUUCCUGUAAAUCAACUAAUAAUAUCAGUCUGAACGACGUUUUGAUGGUGAGUCCAAUCAUACAACCUGAUAUAUUUAAUACAUUGUUAAGAUUUAGAAAGCACCAAAUUGCCUUUACGGCAGAUAUAGAGAAGAUGUACCGACAAAUAAAGUUACAUCCCUCGGAUCGACAAUUUCAACAUAUAUUAUGGCGAGAAGAUAAGUCCAAAUCGGUUCAAGAAUAUGAACUUAAUACUGUAACUUACGGCUUAGGUCCUAGUUCACUUUUAGCCACCAGAUGCUUGAAGCAACUGGCUAUAGAAAAUUCAAAGGAUUUUCCCGAGGCAAGUCACGUCAUAGAAAACAAUUUCUACAUGGAUGAUUUAAUCUCAGGAACCGACAGUGUAGAAGACGCCAUUCAUUUAAUCAAACACUUGAUAAAUAUUCUAGAUUCUGCUAAAUUUCCACUUCGAAAAUGGACGUCAAAUAGAACAGAAAUAUUUGAAAAUUUAAAUCUGGAUCUCUCUUCCUCUGAAUUUAUGAUUAAGAAUGGAUCCAGUACAAAAACGUUAGGAGUCUUUUGGUUCUCCUUAGAGGACGUUUUUAGUUAUUCCGCUAACAAAUUAAGUAUAAAAACUUAUACCAAAAGAUCGAUUCUAUCUAUAAUAUCACAAGUUUUUGAUCCGUUGGGAUUAAUCGCCCCGGUGACAAUAACGGCAAAAAUUUUACUGCAAAAAUUGUGGUCACUCAAGGUAAGUUUAGCUUGUGCAAAAUCCAAGGUAGCACCUUUGAAAACAAUUACCCUUCCCCGUCUGGAGCUUAUGGCAGCACUUUUAGGUGCACAAUUAGCUUCAAGGCUACUGGAAUCAUUGAAUUUAUCCUUUGAUAAAAUAAUGUUUUGGUGUGACUCCACAAUUACAUUGGCGUGGAUAAAAAGGGAACCUAGUACUCUUAAGACUUUUGUAGCUAACAGAAUAUCUCAAAUUCAAAGCUUAACGAUGGACAAGGAAUGGAGAUAUGUGCCUUCUUCGGAAAAUCCAGCCGAUUUCAUAUCAAGGGGAGUACAACCUUCAGAAAUUAGCUCAUAUAAAAUGUGGUGGAAUGGGCCCUCCUUUUUGCCGCAUUCUAGCCAAUGGCCUUUAGCUCCAAAUAAUGGUAUUACAAAUUUACCAGAAACAAAACUUUCUAUAAAUUUAACCUUGGGAGCACAAAUAUGCAAUGAUUUUGACAUAAUAUCUAAAUACUCUAAUUACAAAACUUUAUUGCAUGUGACUGCGUAUUUAUUUAGGUUUGCAUCGAAUUGCAAAAGGUCAGUAAAACUCAGAAAUUUAGGUGAACUAACUUUGGGAGAACUUGAUAUCGCCAAAUGUACUUUGAUAAAAUCAGUGCAGUACAAGAAUUUUAAACCAGAAAUAGACAAACUCAAAUCAGGAAAACAGAUUUCACAUAAAAGCAAAUUGCUUCUUCUUUCACCAUUCUUAGAUUCCGAAAACAUAUUGAGAGUUGGUGGCAGGCUGAACAAAUCUGAUCUAUUUUAUAACCAAAGGCAUCAAAUUAUCUUACCAUGUAAGGAUUAUUUCACAGAAUUAAAUGUUAAUCAUGAGCACAAAAGGCUUUUUCACGCUGGUACUCAAACAGUACUAGCUACCAUUCGAAAUGAGUUUUGCCCUCUUUCUGGUCGCCAAGUUAUCCGCAGAGUUUUACGAAAAUGUGUAAAAUGUUUUCGAGUACAGCCUACUGGGCUAAUUCAAAGAAUGGGUGAACUACCUUCAUCAAGGGUUAAACCAUCAAAGCCAUUUCAUACGGCCACUCACUUAGAACUAGUUAGUGAUCUUACCUCUGAUGGCUUCCUUAAUGCAUUCAAAAGAUUUAUUUCUCGUCGUGGUUUAUGUAGGCACAUUUAUUCAGAUAAUGCAAGUACCUUUGUAAAGGCAAAUAAGGAUUUAUUAAAGUAUUUUGAAUUAAGCCAAUCUCUAGUUGUUCAAGAGUUUAUAACCGAUAACUUGAUUACUUGGCAUUUCAAUCCUCCUUACUCUCCUCAUAUGGGAGGAUUGUGGGAACGUGCAGUUCGCUCUACUAAAUACCAUUUGAAACGUGUACUAAACAACACUUACCUUACUUAUGAAGAAUUUUAUACUCUUCUAUCUCAAAUUGAGGGCAUCCUAAAUUCUCGCCCUCUCCUUCCUCUUACCGAAGAUCCUGAUGAUCUACAGCCUUUGACUCCAGCACACUUCUUAAUCGGUACUGCGAUUCAAACAAUUCCAGAGCCAGCUGUUCCUGCUGACCAUAAAAUUCAGUUAUCUCGAUACAAGCACAUUACUAUGAUGAUACAGCACUUUUGGACUAUGUGGUCCAAGGACUACUUGAACUUACUCCAGCAGCGACCCAAAUGGCGAGGUACUCAAAUUGACUCUAUCCAAGUGGGAUCUAUGGUGCUCUUAAAGGAAGAUGGUACCCCUCCAAUGAGUUGGAAAUUGGGACGCAUAGUAAAGACUCAUCCAGGCAGUGAUGGACUUGUUAGAGUAGUGACAGUAAAGACUUACAGUGGUAUCACUAAACGUGCUAUAAAUAAGAUAUGUGUUUUACCUAUAGACGAUUAA